ACAAAAGCUCGGAACAAAAGCUUCCGUUCAUAGAAGCGAAGCACUGACUCGUUUAGUUUGAAUUCGAUGUUUGCCGUACGGGUUGGCUAGCCGGUGAACUUUCAAUAUGCUAUUAGAGUUAUUUGCGAUUUCUGUCGUCGCCUUGCUGCUGGCCUAUCGCUGGGCCACAGCCAACUAUAAUUUCUUCAAGGAGCGAGGAAUUGAUUAUGAAAAGCCGUUUCCCUUUGUGGGAAACAUGCAUAAAAUAUUAUUGCGUCAACAAUCUAUAUUUGAUCUGAUCGUCGAUUUGUACAAUAAAGGCAAUGGCAAGGUUUACGGCAUCUUUGAGCAACGUACGCCGCUGCUGAUGAUACGCGAUCCGGAACUGAUCAAGCAGAUAACAAUAAAGGACUUCGAUCACUUUAUCAACCAUCGAAAUUUCUUUGGCACUGAUGAUGACGAUCCGCAUGACAUGAACAAUAUCUUCAAUAGUUCCUUGUUCUUAAUGCGCGAUGCGCGUUGGAAGGACAUGCGCAGCACGCUGAGUCCUGCCUUUACGGGCAGCAAAAUGCGUCAGAUGUUCCAGCUGAUAGACAUCGUGGCCAAAGAGGCAGUAGACUGCCUGAAACGAGAUCAUGUACCAGAAAGCGGAAUUGAGCUGGACACGAAAGACUACUGCUCGCGAUUCACCAACGAUGUGAUUGCCUCAACAGCAUUUGGAUUGCAGGUGAACUCUUUCAAAGAUCGGGACAAUACAUUCUACAUUAUGGGCAAGAGGAUGACCAGCUUCAGUGCGCUGCAGAACUUAAAAUUUUUAAUGUUUACUACUGCCAAACGACUCUUUAAGCUACUUAAAAUACCGCUGUUUGACAGGAAAAGCGUAGAUUAUUUAGUGCGCCUGGUGUUGGAUGCCAUGAAGUAUCGUCAGGAGCACAACAUUGUGCGCUCCGACAUGAUCAACAUGCUGAUGGAGGCACGCGGCAUGUUCCACACGGAUAAGCCAAAAUUGGGCAACGCUCGCAAUUGGAGCGAUCGUGACAUAGUUGCUCAAUGCUUUGUAUUUUUCCUUGCCGGCUUUGAGACGUCGGCGUCGUUCAUGUGCUUCACAGCACAAGAGCUCAUGGAGAAUGGGGAUGUGCAGGAGAGACUGUACGAGGAGGUGGCACAGCUCGACAGCGAACUAGACGGCGGCCAACUGACAUACGAGGCUCUAACAGGCAUGAAGUACAUGGACCAGGUGGUGUCGGAGGUGCUGCGCAAGUGGCCGCCGACAAGCGCAAUUGAUCGCGAGUGCAACAAGGACAUUACCUAUGUGGUCGAUGGCAAAAACAUUGAGAUCAAGAAAGGCGACGCCAUUUGGCUGCCCACCUGUGGCUUCCAUCUCGAUCCCAAGUACUUCGAAAAUCCGACCAAGUUUGAUCCAGAUCGUUUUAGCGAUCAAAACAAGCACAAAAUUCAGCCAUUCACAUACUUUCCCUUCGGCACAGGCCAGCGCAGUUGUAUAGGUUCACGAUUCGCACUACUCGAGACAAAAGCUUUGAUAUACUAUUUGCUGCGAGAGUUCCGUAUUGCCCCAGCUAAGAAGAGCUGUAUUCCUCUAGUUCUCAGCUCCGCCGGUUUUCAAUUAAAGCCUAAAAAUGGUUUUUGGGUUAAACUCAUUCCGCGUAAAUAAAUCGAUCAAAUUGUAAUCUUAUUUUAAUAUCAAAAAGC